UUUCCUUGGCUUCUCUUUCCUGUCCGAGCUCAGAUUAACGCGGGGACGCGAGGAAGCGCGGAGCUAUUGGUGUAGUAGGAGCCGCCACCAUUCCGUGUACCAUCAUCGCAAAAAUUCCAACUUCAGUCAAGCAGGCGCGUCUCUAAACAGAAGACAGUAACGUUUCUUUAACUAUUUGUGUCAUCUUACAGAAGAGAUCAAAACACGUCAAUAUGUCCUGGCAGAGCUACGUGGAUAACCUGAUGGCCGAUGGCAGCUGCCAGGACUCCGCCAUUGUCGGGUACACGGACGCCAAGUAUGUCUGGGCAGCAUCAGUCGGUGGUACUUUCGCCAGCAUAACGCCUCAAGAAAUAGAUGUGAUAGUUGGAAAGGACCGAGAAGGCUUCUUCACCACUGGCAUGACACUAGGUUCAAAGAAAUGCUCUGUGAUCAGAGAUAGCCUUAAUAUUGAAGGUGACUGGACAAUGGACAUCAGGACAAAGAGUCAAGGAGGCGAGCCAACAUACAAUGUUUCUGUAGGCAAAGCUGGCAAAGUCUUGGUUCUUGUAAUGGGCAAAGAAGGGGUCCAUGGAGGAGGAUUGAAUAAGAAGGCAUACUCAAUGGCAAAAUACUUAAGGGAUUCUGGGUUCUAGGUUACAUGCAGGCAUACUCAGUAGUUCAAAAAUGAGAAACACAAAUUGCUAUUAAAAUUUCCCCUUUAAAGCUGUCACAUUAAUGUCUUGGAAAAGUUUAAUAGCAAUGAAGGGUAAUGGGGGUAAGAACUUGUGUCUCCUUUGUAUCCCUGUGUUAGUGGGGAAAGCUUUUUCAGUUCUAUUCAUUUUUUUUUUGUUUUGUUUUGUUUCCUUGUGUACUCCAGCAUUGGUUUUAGUCAUGGGAAAAGAAGGUGUCCAUGGAGGGCAACUCAACAAGAAAGCAUUUACCAUGGCUCACUACCUGAGGAAGUCUGGAUAUUAAGCAGCCUGUCCCCAUCCACCUAGCAACUCAUUCUCAUCACCAUCCAGUUGCAUUGGCAGUGCUACCAGACUGUAGCUUGUUAUUUUCCUUGCGACCCCUCCACCUUGGUUUCAUUCAUUACCCUUCCCUCUUUGUUCAUUUAGGUGUUUUAACACUUGUAUACCAGUACCAUUGUUGCACCAUAGUUAAUUAGCAUGUUGUUACUUUAAUGUUUAAAAAAAUAUAUAUAUAACUUGGCUGAUGUUAAACCUGGGCACUGCUUUUUGUUAAUGUAUAGAGACUGAAGAACAAGUCAUACCAAAUGAAGGAGGCUUAUGAAGGACAACUACAUUAAAUAAAGUGAACUUUGCAUACGAAGGUGCCGGUAGUACAAUCGUGAAUUGAUCGAUUUAUUUUGAGCACUUUGAGCGGUAACAUGGCUCAUUUAGUCUUCCUUUUCUAGAGCAUGUCUGGGAGGGAAAUUGUGCAUGCAUAUCUCUUGGCUUGUUUAGCUUCUGUUCAUAUUUCCACCCCUUUUCCCUAUUUAGCUGCCCAUGCUUAUUUGUGUAGGUGACCCUCAAAUCACUUCACAGAAUAUGUUGCUUUGCAUUAUUUUACCAAUUAGGCCUUUUCCUAUGUGAUCACUCAUAACUCCUGAUUUAGAGUUGCAGAAUCCUGCAUCCUAGGCUUUGUAUUGUUGCACUCGUUGCAGGAGAGAGUGGGCUGCUGCCCUGUUUUAGGGUGAGUGCAACUCUAGAAGCUUGUUUCAGAAUGCAGGUUGUGUUGCCUCUCAUUCACAUUGACUUUAUAAUCUCCAUGGACAUUCCAUCAUUGCAAUAGCUCAGGCACUUAAAAGUAUUGUUUGCCAGUUCCUGUAAUGUAUAACUUUUUAUUUUUAAGUAAGGCUGCCAUGAUGGACAGUGGAUAUCCUAAAAGAGCCAUCCUGGAGUGUGUCCAGUUUCAAUUUUUACAUAGGACCAAUUUUAAGUUGCAGCUUGGCAUGUAAUAAACACAAACAAAACUGCUGUAAUCAUUUAUGAAGGACUGCUGCCUGCUUCACCCAUAUUCUGAAAGUAAAUGCUAGCUGGUAGUCCACCUGGAUGGUAGGAAGUACUGGUUAUUACCAGCAUAUGGAAUGGCUACAGCAGACUCCUUUGUUGUAACACAUCUUGUAUGUUGCAAAGAAAAGAAAUGAGUUACUGCAUUUGAUCCUCUAAGUCCAGGCUGUGGGAAAGCUGUGGAAUAAAUUGCCUUGUGCUCUAGUCAUCAAAAGUGUGCUGUCAAACUGUCUGUUAAAGCACGGUACUAAAUGUAUGUCCGGUUAGAAAGAAAACUGACAAUUGAAGUUCUGCAUACACUAAAUCAAUGGGAGACGGUAUUGGUUGGAAUAAGAAAACCUGGUUGUCUCGAGAAAACUUUUUACAAUAUGAAAAAAAAAAAAAUCUGUUUAUCUUGUGCCAUAAAGUUGUAGAGAUGAUCAGUUGCUUUUGUGAGAUGGAUUUUAACCUGCUGCCCAGUAAAGAGUCAUUUGAAUGGCACUUCCUUAGAGACAUUUUAGCAUAUGCUGGAAAUGUUCAGGCCUUGUGGAAUAUGUACAGAUUUUAAAGAAAAAACAAACAAAAAACAAAAAAAUAAACACCUUGUUGCUGAUUUUAUGUUCAUUUCUUUCCCUGCACUUAUUUUCUUACAUCUGGGAUACAGUCUAACUCCAUCUGAUUUAAUAUGCAUUUAAAUAAAAUGCCAUAAAUCAAUAAACCACCUUGUUUACAGACAGAUUAAAUAAAUUUAUUCCAACCA